AUGGCGGCCAAUGUGGGUGAUCAACGAAGCACAGAUUGGUCCUCUCAGUACAGUAUGGUGGCCGGAGCCGGAAGAGAGAACGGCAUGGAGGCCCCCAUGCACGAGAACCCCGAGUGGGAGAAGGCCCGCCAGGCCCUGGCCAGCAUCAGCAAAGCGGGCGCCGCUGGCAGCUCCGCCAAGGCCAGCAGCAGCGGGCCUGUGGCCAGUGCCCAGUACGUGUCCCAGGCGGAGGCCUCGGCAUUGCAGCAGCAGCAGUACUACCAGUGGUACCAGCAGUACAACUAUGCUUACCCCUACAGCUACUACUACCCCAUGAGCAUGUACCAGGGCUACAGCUCCCCUUCCCAGUACGGCAUGGCCAACUCCUACGGCUCUGCAACGCCGCAGCAGCCCUCGGCACCACAGCACCAGGGGACCCUGAACCAGCCCCCAGUCCCCGGCAUGGAUGACAGCAUGUCGUACCAGGCUUCCCCACAGCAGCUGCCCAGCCAGCCCCCUCAGGCCGCCAACCCCCAGCAUGGGGCCCACCCUCUGAGCAGUGGCCCCCAGCCAGGGACAGUGCCAGCCACACAGCAUGGCCAGGCGGGGGCACCAUCGGGACAGGUCUAUGCGCAGCACAGCUACUUGGAACCGGCCAAGCCCAAGAAGGGCCAGCAGCUGUGGGGUCGCAUGAAGCCGGCCCCUGGGACUGGUGGUCUCAAGUUCAACAUUCAGAAGCGACCCUUUGCUGUCACCAAGCAGAACUUUAGUCCCAGCUCCGAGGGGCAGCAUGGCAACUUCGGCCCCCAGCCCAACACCGAGAAAGUCCCGAACCACAGCGGGCCCUCGUCCCGGGGGAGCCUGUCAGGAAAGCCGGAUGACUGGCCCCAGGACAUGAAGGAAUAUGUGGAGCGCUGCUUCACCGCCUGCGAGUCAGAGGAGGACAAGGACCGCACCGAGAAGCUGCUCAAGGAGGUGCUGCAGGCCCGGCUCCAGGACGGCUCGGCCUACACCAUCGACUGGAGCCGGGAGCCACUGCCAGGGCUGACCCGGGAGCCCGUGGCAGAGAGCCCCAAGAAGAAGCGAUGGGAGGCCCCUAGUGGCCUUCACCCUCCACGGGGGGCAGGUUCUGCGCCCAGGGGCGGGGGCACCCAGUCGCAGCGUGGGACACCGGGGGCUGGGGGGGCCGGCCGUGCCCGGGGCAGCAGCUUCGCCAAGUUUGGCAACCGCAAUGUCUUCAUGAAGGACAAUAGCUCCUCUUCCAGCACUGAGUCCCGCUCCCGCUCCUCCUCCCGCUCCCCUACCCGCCACUUCCGCCGGAGUGACUCCCAUUCAGACUCGGACAGCUCCUACUCAGGGAACGAUUGCCACCCCGUGGGCCGCAGGAACCCAACCCCCAAGGGCCGCGGCGGCAGAGGUGCCCACAUGGAUCGGGGCCGUGGCCGGGCACAGCGUGGGAAGAGGCACGACCUCGCCCCUACCAAGCGCAGCCGGAAGAAGAUGGCGGCCCUGGAGUGCGAGGACCCUGAGCGAGAGCUCAAGAAGCAGAAGCGAGCGGCUCGCUUCCAGCACGGCCACGCUCGCCGCCUGCGCCUGGAGCCGCUGGUGCUGCAAAUGGGCAGUCUGGACAGUGGCGGGGCGGACCCCGACUGGCAGGAGCUGCAGAUCGUCGGGACGUGUCCUGACAUCACCAAGCACUACCUGCGGCUCACCUGCGCCCCUGAUCCCUCCACCGUGCGCCCCGUGCCCGUGUUGAAGAAGUCGCUGGCCAUGGUCAAGUCCCACUGGAAGGAGAAACAGGACUACGCGUUUGCCUGUGAGCAGAUGAAGUCCAUCCGGCAGGAUCUGACGGUCCAAGGUGUCCGCACAGAGUUCACAGUGGAGGUAUAUGAGACGCAUGCGCGCAUUGCCCUGGAGAAGGGGGACCACGAAGAGUUCAACCAGUGCCAAACGCAGCUCAAGUCGCUCUAUGCUGAGAACCUGCCGGGCAACGUGGGCGAGUUCACCGCCUACCGGAUCCUCUACUACAUCUUCACCAAGAACUCAGGAGACAUCACCACUGAGCUGGCGUACCUGACGCGGGAGCUGAAGGCAGACCCAUGUGUAGCUCAUGCCUUGGCGCUGAGGGCAGCCUGGGCUCUGGGCAACUACCAUCGCUUCUUCCGGCUCCACUGCCACGCGCCCUGCAUGUCCGGCUACCUCGUGGACAAGUUCGCAGACCGAGAGCGCAGGGCAGCCCUCAAGGCAAUGAUCAAAACCUUCCGCCCGGUGCUGCCCGUCUCCUACCUGCAGGCCGAGUUGGCCUUCGAGGGCGAGGCCCCCUGCCGGGCCUUCCUAGAGCCCCUGGGCCUGGCCUACACGGGCCCGGACAACGCCACCAUCGACUGUCGCCUCAGCCUGGCGCAGCUGUCAGCCUUCUGA